AUGGUGGAGGGAAAUUCUGUUUACCAGAAUAUUACCAGAAACGCAAGCGUUUUACCAAGGUCAACAAACCAGAAAUGUUUCUUUCUAGACCCGCUGAACGAUUAUAAACCAGGAGAACUUCUGUAUGUGGAAUCAGUGGUUACUACAGCGAUAAAUUUUUUUUGCUCGUUGAUAGCUACUUCGGGAAAUGCAGUUAUCAUUCUCACUUUCUUAAAAUCAGACAAUCUACGCUCGCAAUCUCAUUUGCUUCUGUGGUGCCUGGCUUUUGCUGACUUUCUCACUGGACUAAUUGUUCAGCCGUUUUACGGAGCCUACAAGGUAGCGUAUCUCUUCGGACAUACUUCUGCCUCGUGCACUUGCAGGGUCAUUACAGAGAUAGUCGCCUGGUUUUCGGCUGCGGUUUCGUGUGCGUUAUUCGCUGCUAUUACCGGAGAGCGCUACCUCGCGCUUCACUACCACCUCAGGUACAACGAGCUAGUCACCACGCGAAAGAUUCAGAUGUAUCUUGUCCAUCUCGUGAUUGGUACAGGAGUUCUAAGCCUUUCAAGAUUCGCCGUGAAGAAUGUAAAAAUAUUCUUGUAUAUCAAUAUCGUUGGUUUGCUGCUUUCAGUUUUUACUUUGUUGAUAUCUUUCUGGAAAAUUUACAAACAGGUUCGCCGACAUUUCCUUCAGAUACAAGCGCAAAGUUCCGUGAGUACAGGACGCCAACCCAUCGAUGUUCAGAGGUUUAAAAGAACCGUCAUCAAUAUGGCGUAUGUUUCCGGUUUGUACAUGGUAUCAUACCUUCCUUUUACGUGUGUUCUAUUUGCGUAUGUGUACGUGGGUUUCACGAGCGAAGUCGAGGCGUUUUAUGACAUCACUCGUACCUUAGCUUUUCUGCCUUCCUCGUGGAAUCCUUUUCUCUAUUUCUGGAAAAUGCACGAGUUACGAGCUGCGGUGAAAAGUGUGAUCGGAAAGGAUUCUGCGCCACUUACUGAGGUCAUGGAGUUGUGA